UAUGGUUCUAUGACAGUUUUAAUCCGUCAUAAUAUGGAAGUUUUAUAACAUUUCGAUUGAUACAUGAGUUCUUACUUUUAUAUUAGCUAACUUAGUAAAAAAUUGUUUGUUAAAAUUGCUCAUUUUAAUUCAGCAAUUUCGUAGAUAAUAUUGUUGCUACAAAUCAAUUUUCAUGGCCCAAAGUUCAACAUUCCCAAGCCAUGUUGCUGAAAAUACAUUUAAAUUUCCCCCUUGGACAGUCAUAGUAAGAAAAAGUCAUAUUUUGCAGUCCAGAUGUACGAAUGUCCCAAAUUGUCAUAUGCAGCUUAACGAUACUUUUUCAAAAAGCAAUUUAUGUGACUUUUGUCUAUAUGAAAAGGAAUUAGAUCUUCCACAACUGCCUGAAAUGACUUUCGCCGGCAAUCUAUUGCAUGUAGAACAUUCAAAAGAGUUGGGUAUUGAAUUUAAUGCUUUAAGUGCAUUACAGUUAGUUGACAGUAAAUUUGACAGUAUGAAAGUUGCUGUAGCUGAAGCUUGGCAAGAGUUACACCAACAGAUGAACGUAUUAAUAUUGAAAAAUUAAAAGUCAAGGAAAAAAUACUGUUUUAUGAAGAUGUAAUGCUAUUUGAGGAUGAACUCGCUGAUAAUGGAACAGCUCAUUGCUCUGUCAAAAUCCGAAUCAUGCCUGAUUGCUUCUUUAUUUUGAUGAGGUACUUCCUUCGAGUUGACAAUUUGUUAGUUCGAAUUAUUGACACCCGAAUAUUUCAUGAAGUUGGAAAAAGUUACAUCUUACAAGAACAUGUCACAAAAGAAAGCAAAGUAAAAGAGUUAAAGGUUGAUGUAUCAUUGUUGAGAAACCCACAACUUCUUUGGGAUCAUUUACCAACAGUUGAUUUUCAGUACGAAAAGAUCCAAUUUUAACUUUAUUUUGUUUAUAAUCAUGUAUAUAUAUGCCAUCAACUGGUUUAUAAGCAUUUUCAAUCUUAUACCUCAUGCAUACAAAAAAAUUUAUUCUAUUAAAAAUUCAUUUAUACUCAUUUUUUUUAAGUCUAAAGUGAAAGUAUUUACAUAAUUAAAUAGCUAAUAGAUUUCAUGACAUGAUUUUUUGUAAUAAAUUUUUUUAGAAACUUUUUUGAGAAUUUUAAUUACCUAAUGUAAAAAUCUAAUAAAUAGUCGAAAUAAUUUUACUGUAGAAAUUAAAAUAAUAAUAAGAAAUUAAAAUAAUAGUUAAUAGUUCUCAUUGAAUAAAAUCUUAAAGUGUUUUACUGAUACUCAUAUUGUUCCAACCGAAACAUUUCAAUGUAUUAGAAAAUAGGUUAUUAAACUAUUAUAACGUUUUAUUUUUAAAGCAAAUUGUACUUAUUGUUUUUUUUUCUCUCUCUCUACAAAUUUUAGAACACUUUUAGUAAUUUACUAUGAUAAACAGAAAUAAGUUUUUGAUUAUUAACUAAUUCUUAAUAUUGAGAAAUAAAUUUAAUAAUUUUUUUUAUUUUAAAUGUAUUUAAUGCGUAUUAAAAAGGAGAAACCUUUCAAUAAAUUUCGUUUCUUUUAUUUGACUCAAGUAUCUGCUGUUAUAUAUAUGUGUGUGUAUAAUGCAGUAAGUGGAUCUGCUAAAACAAAAAGUUUUAAUAGAUAAAAUUACUAAACAUAAAAAUAAAUCAACAUUUUCAGUCAAAAACAGAAUUUAUUUAUUUUUGCAAUUCAGUUCCUUUCUCUUUCACAUAAUCUUCAUACAUUUUUUUAACUUCUUCCAGUUUGCUUUCAAAGUCCAUAUUUUCAAUCAUGCUGACUAACUCAAUAUUUGCUACAGCACUCUCCACUUUAAAAGCAAAGGAGAAAAAAUAAGUCUAUUUCGUUUUUCAAAGUGUCUUAAAUUUUUUUCUAAUUUUUUUUUUUAAAUAUCUCAUUGAUUAUUAAUUUAAAUUUGAAAGUUUUUCUUUGCACCAUAUGAGUUAUUGCAUGAUAACAGAAAAAAACAUUGAACUAAUUCGUCAUAUAAUGAGUUAAUUUGAAACUUUAUUUUAUGGUCGAAUAAAAUUUUAGUUUUUGUUAUAUUUUGAUAGGGAUGUAUGAAUUAUAUUUUUCAAAUAACAGUGAAAAAAAUUAUUGCGAUUAAAUUGUUUAUUUAUUGUUUUUGUUUUGAAAGAAUGAAAGGAAAUUUUGUCUUGCAAAAUGUAACAAAAACAAUGUUAAGCUAUCUAAGUGUCUAAAGAUUAAAUAUAUGGUUUUAAUCAGCUAUUCUUAAAAAUGAAAUGCAUAUUAAAAUUCAUCUAUGAGCAAAAUAAUUCUGAAUCCUAUUAAAUUUAUCACACAAACAUUACAUUGUUGUAUCAUAUUGCUGCUACCCUAUUCUUGUUAUUUUAUUGAAUUUUACUGUAAAAUUAAUAGAAAGCAAUAAAUAAAAACAUUUUGUAUCAAAA